CCACUAAUUUAGGCCGGCCUUUUCCCUCGAAACGACUGCCAGUCUGCUGCUCCUACUGCGAGAAGAGAAUUUUGGGUUCUCCUUUCGCCGGGAUCCUCCGACGACCCUCGUCGGCGACGGGCGAGCACUUAUAAUUUUGAAGGAGCCGCAGGACGAGGGGAGAGGAAGAGAGAGCAGAGCAGGAAGCCAUGGACAGGAUGCGGGGCGCGCUGGAGCGGGCCAAGAUGCUGGUGGGCAUGGAGGUCGACGAGGAGUCCGCGCUGCCGCCGCCCGAGGAGCAGUCCUUCUUCGACGACAUCAACCGCCACUGCACCCUCAACACCACCCAGAGGCUGUACGGUUUCGCGAUUUGCUUGGCUGCCGGUUUGACGUGCACCUUCUUGUCGAUGCUUGUUUUCUUCAAUCCGGUGAAAUUCGGGGUGACAUUCACCCUUGGCAAUUUGAUGGCCCUUGGAAGUACAGCAUUUCUUAUAGGCCCCAAAAGGCAGUUUGAUAUGAUGCUUGAUUCUGUGCGAAUUUAUGCCACUGCUAUAUACAUUGCAAGCAUCAUAAUUGCUCUAUUCUGCGCUCUCUAUGUUCAUAGCAAGUUGUUGACUCUACUGGCUAUCAUUUUGGAAUUUGGUGCCCUUGUUUGGUACAGCCUUAGCUACAUACCUUUUGCAAGGUCAAUAGUUUCAAAAGUGAUGACAUCUUGCUUCGACACUGAUUUCUAGAUCAGCCAUCCUUGUCUACCUGCCAUUGCUGGACGAGUAGAUGUUGGUAAAUCUAGUAUUGUACUUUUGACAGAUGAAGAGGGAGUCACCUCACCUCCCCCGAGAAGCUAUUGUGAUCAUUGUGAAUCGAGUACAUCAUAUGCUAGAAGAUCAUGUUACAUCUUUUCCACUGUUCUAACCUUCAUACAUUUACUGUCUGUGAGAUGCUUGGCGCAUUCACCGUGGAUACAGAGGAACAGUAUUGUGAUAUCCCUGCAACGGCAGUAUUGUGCUUGUGUGUGCAGUUUGUUUGUCAAGGUUUGUUGAAUCAAUGCUGUAAAAAAUUUCACGAUGCAUGACUGGUAAUGAUAUGCCUCAUCUGCCAUGAUUGGCGGAAUGCCGAUGAUUUUGGA